AUGCCGCGAGGCAAAACUUUAAAAAGACAAAGUAGGAAGAUGGUGUAUGACGUUUACAAGUUUAUGGCGAAAGAAGCGGAGGAAGGCGUCGGCAAUUUGAAAGCGGUACAAAAACGUACCGCUGCUGCCACUCAGACAUCACUUAUCACGGUGAAGAGAAUUGUGAAGGAAGCAAAUAGCUCCAGAUUGCUGUCCGUGUUUCGUACUCCGGGAAAAAAACGUCCGAGAUCAAACCCCGUAACCGGCAUGGAUGAUUUUGAUAAAGGGGUGAUCAAACGCUGUAUUCACAAUUUUCAUGUAACAAAUAAAGAACUCCCUACAAUUAAAAAGAUAAAAAAUAAAUUGCGUGAUGACAUCGGAUAUCAGGGAUCCGCAACCAGUUUGCGCAAAAUUAUAAAAGAUCUUGGAUUUCGGUGGAGGAAGACCGAAAAUAAUAGAAAAAUUCUUAUUGAAAAGACCGAUAUACGCCUCAAAAGAAUUAAAUAUAUAAAGGAACUCGGAAAAAACCGUCAAGAAGGCUGCCCUAUAAUAUACACAGACGAGUCAUAUGUGCAUUCUACGCACACAACAUCAAAAGGUUGGUCUGAUCUGUCAUCGGAAGGACUAAAAAAACCAAUUUCCAAAGGUCAGCGGGUUGUCAUCGUGCACGCAGGUUCUGAAGAUGGUUUUGUUCCAAAUGCCUUAUUAAUGUUCAAAUCAGGAACAAAAUCAGGGGACUACCACGACGACAUGAAUUUCAUUAAUUAUAAAAAUGGCUUGAGACACAAUUGA